UUGUUGUCAAGAGUUUCUUUGAUGUCGGCGCAGAGUUUUCCAGUUGAAAAAAUUGCCGUUGGAGCGAUCUUCGAUCAAAACACCGAGGAAAUCCAGAGUGUAUUCAAGUAUGCACUCUCAAUGCACAACCAGAAUAUCAGCAGUCGCCGCCUGGAACUGCAAGCCUACGUCGACGUUAUCAACACAGCAGAUGCUUUCAAACUGUCCCGACUCAUAUGCAACCAAUUUGCUCGUGGGGUGUUCGCCAUGUUGGGCGCGGUGACUCCGGAGUCAUUCGAUACAUUGCAUUCUUACACCAACACUUUCCAAAUGCCUUUCGUCACGCCAUGGUUCCCAGAGAAGGUAAUUCCACCUUCCUCGGGCCUUAUCGACCACGCUGUGAGCAUGAGACCGGACUACCACCGGGCCAUCGUAGACACAAUAGUCUAUUACGGAUGGAAAGAAAUCAUUUACAUGUAUGACUCCCACGAUGGUCUACUCCGUCUCCAGCAGCUGUACCAGUCAAUGCAGCCAGGUCGCACAGCCUUCCGAAUCAUCAUGGUGAAGAGGAUCAACAAUGCCUCAGACGCUAUAGAAUUCUUACUGGCCUUAGAACAGCACGAUCGCUGGGGAAACAAGCGUAUUGUCUUGGAUUGUAAUACGAAGAACGCGAAGAAUAUCCUACUGAGCCACGUGAGGAAGGUGCAGUUGGGGAGACGAACUUAUCAUUACAUGCUUAGUGGACUGGUUAUGGACGAUCAUUGGGAGAACGAAGUCACAGAGUAUGGCGCAGUCAACAUAACAGGGUUCCGUAUCGUCGACCACUCGCGCAAGAUCGUGCGCGAUUUCACGGACGGUUUGCGUCGAAUAGACGGCCGCUUCAAGGGGACUAUAUCGGCUCAAACUGCAUUGAUGUACGAUGGAGUGCAAGUUCUGAUGGAUGCCCUGGGAAGGUUAUGGCGAAAGAAACCAGACGCAUUCAGGAAUGCUCUAAGACGAGCAGCAGGUCAAGCUAACUCCACCAAAGUGAUAGACUGCAACCCAGGGAAGAGUUGGGUGGUGCCCUUUGAACAUGGAGACAAGAUUUCUAGGUUGAUCAAAAAGACUGACAUCGAAGGACUCACUGGAAACAUAUCGUUUAAUGACGAGGGCCACCGUUAUAAUUUCACAUUGCAGGUUGUAGAGAUGACUGUUCAGAGCGCCAUGUUAAAGGUGGCAACAUGGUCAGACAUGCACGGUUUGAUCCCAGUACAGCCUAAAUAUGUACAAUUACGAUCUCCGGCUUCAUAUGAAACCAACAAAACAUACAUAGUGACCACAAUGCUACAAGAGCCAUAUAUGAUGCAAAAGCCCGGUGAAUAUGGACAGAAAGACGAACUCAUCGGCUUUUGUAAGGACCUUAUGGAUCUGACAGCAAAAAAGAUGGGUAUUAAAUAUGAAUUACGCGUUGUAAAAGAUAUCAAGUAUGGAACAGAAAAGCGGUUGGAAAGUUUGUCUGAAUUGAUAAGUGAAAUCGUCAGAAAGGACGCGGACAUAGCCCUGGGGCCACUAGCCGUAACCCCGGAGAGAGAAAAAUUAGUCGACUUCAGUGAACCAUUCCUAUCGAUCGACACUCCAAUCACAAACACAAAGACUCCUAAACAACUUUCUGACACUUUUAGCUUCCUAAGACCUCUUUCUAAGGAAAUUUGGCUGUGCGUUCUAUUCAGCUUUUUUGCAGUCAGUAUCGUACUGUUUCUGGUUUCGAGAUUUUCUCCCCAUGAAUGGAGGUCGAUAUCCAUUUCCGACACUCAUUUGGAUCAUCCAAUCAGUAAUACUAACGAGAUAAUACUUCACAACGAUUUCAGCAUUUGGAACUCAUUUUGGUUCUCUCUUGGAUCAUUUAUGCAACAAGGCAGCGAUGUUGUUCCAAGGUCCCUCUCAGGAAGAAUUGUUGGUACUGUAUGGUGGUUCUUUGCCUUAAUAUUGGUGUGUUCCUACACCGCCAACCUCGCAGCUUACCUGAUCGUGGAGAGAAUCGCUGAACCGACUCAGUCAACUGGUUAUCCUACAGGCCUUAGCCACUCAGAAAGUCCAUACAAUGGAUGGAAUAACAUGAUCAAGGAUCAACCGAUGUAUGGGGGCGAAAUGACUCUGGUUCAAUAUCCCCUAGAAAAGGAUGGUCAGGUUGGAUGCAAUUCGGUAUCUCGAACGUGCCGCUAUAAACACGUUGACCUGGCUAUUGCUACGGCCAAAGGAUCACCAUUAAGAGAAGGAAUAAACUUAGCACUGGUGAGCCUGAAAAAGGAAGGCGUUAUUGCUAAGCUCUGGCGAAAAUGGGUUUUGAACAGCAAAAAACCUGACUGCGAGUUAAGCAAAGAUGAGGAAAUAUCUAUUACCGAGAUGACAUUGGGUCAAGUUGCUGGUAUAUUCUACGUACUCGUCGGUGGUUUAGCUCUAGCUCUUGGCGUGGCUUUGCUGGAGUUCUGCCAGCAUGGAAGAGCUGAAGCAGCUCGAGCUAACGUGCCAUUACGAGCUGCCCUUCGAGCUAAAGCCCGCAUGGCAUCGAGAACUGAUAGGAAGACGCCACCGCAACAUACCCCGCAAAGAGACCAUGACCGGCUGGGUUGGAACGGGGCGGCUUUUGCUGGGUACUUCACAUCGGCCACUCAAAUAUCCCAAGAGGAUGCUGUUCACGCGAGUUACACUCAUGUCUGAUCUUCGGAGAAGGGCGGCGGUGCAAAUGUGCGCCGGUCGUCCAUUUCGAAGCCAAACA